GGAACUUCAAGUCUUCAACAAGUCUCCCAGUUCUGGGUAGGUAACCUUUUCAGAGAAGUCCUACCUUUCUGAGCAGGUAUUUUUGAAGAGAGCUGGUAGGAAAGGUUUCAGGACCCGUCCAAUGAGGAAACUUUAUAAGAGUUAGACACUUCUGUAGGUUGAUAGUAGUUCUAACUUCCAACUGGGCUGAAAACUGCUUGUUUUGUGGAAAAGUAAACUCAGAAACAAACAUCAAAAAUGAAAAGCCUCCCAACUUUUGAGGAACAAACCGAAUGCGUUGUGAAAGCUCUGCUUGAGGAAUUCUUGGGCCCAGCACCACAGAUGGCUAGUCGGAACCUAACCUCUGAAGACAAACCUGAUUCAGGAGAGCCUUCCACUGUUGACUGGACUAUCGUUGCUAGUCGCCUUCGGAUGUUGGGGGACGAGAUUAAUGCAGAGGUAGAAGCUUCUGCCAAAGACUUUGUACAAACCAUUCCAGGACAGGUAGGACCUGAUCUCCAGGAAACAGUGAGCAAACUCAGCAAGGCAUGGUGUGCCCAGGAUUCCAGCUUCGCUUAUGAGAGAGUCUUUCUGGCAGUGUUAGUGAAACUUUUGGGGGGUGUGGCCCGCAUGGCUCCUGAAAGAGCAAGACAGAUGGCUAGCCCCAUCACGGAUAUGAUCAGUGGGAACACAGCCAUCCGGGAAUUCAUCCAGGCCCAAGGAGGCUGGGAAAAUCUGGAGAGCUGA